AUGAUCAGGGUUCUUCAGGAACAUGCUCAUCUGUCAUGUCAAAGACUUGGCUCCUGUCCUCACAGAGGACACAUCAGAGGCUCCUGUCCUCACAGAGGACACGUCAGAGGCUCCCGUCCUCACAGAGGACACGUCAGAGGCUCCCGUCCUCACAGAGGACACGUCAGAGGCUCCCGUCCUCACAGAGGACACGUCAGAGGCUCCGUCCUCACAGAGGACACGUCAGAGGCUCCCGUCCUCACAGAGGACACGUCAGAGGCUCCCGUCCUCACAGAGGACACGUCAGAGGCUCCCGUCCUCACAGAGGACACGUCAGAGGUUCCCGUCCUCACAGAGGACACGUCAGAGGCUCCCGUCCUCACAGAGGACACGUCAGAGGCUCCCGUCCUCACAGAGGACACCUCAGAGACUCCUGUCCUGAAAGAGGAGAUGGAGAAGUUAGCGCUUUAUUGA